AUGUACACCCAUCAGGUGCUUUCUUGGGUCGCGCUUUUGGCGACUGCUUGCGUCGCACGUCCAACCAGCGAUGUUGACUUCAGCAAGGCCGUUGUGGAGAAGCUGGAUGCUGCGCCUGUUGGUUGGGUGAAGGAUGCUUCUGCAAACCUGGACAAAGAUUCGACGUCGAUUACUCUCAAGGUCCAUCUUGUGAACAAGGAUAUGGACAAGUUCCACGAUCUUGCCAUGAACGUACAAUACGGCAACCAUCUUGACCACGAAACCAUCCUUGCUAUGAUCGCACCGAAGCAGGAGUCCACUGAUCUUGUCAUGCAAUGGCUCACGAGUGAAAACCUGAGCCCCGAAACCAAGAUCACGACGAAGGGCGAUUAUGUCACCAUUGAGGCUAACGUAAAGACAAUUGAGAAGUUACUGGACGCAGAGUACAGCGUUUUCGUCCGUCCUGGAAGCAACGAGAAGGCCCUCAGAACCCUCAAAUACAGCCUGCCAGCCAGCCUGAAAAGCCAUGUAGACAUGGUCCAACCCACCACCUUCUUUGGCCUCAAGCAACUACGCUCUACGAUCUCCGAGCACCACGAAAUCAAGGAUGACAACAACAACAAAGCCGCCCAAGCCGUCACCGGCUGCACCGGCACCCGCAUAACCCCAACCUGUCUCGCCAACCUCUACAACUUCGCGUCCGCCAAGGUCCAAACCGUCGGCCUCCUGGGCAUCGCCGGCUUCCUCGAAGAAUACGCCAUCAAAGCGGAUUUCACCACCUUCCUAAACAGCUACGCCUACUUCUCCAACAAGGCCAAAUCCUUCACCUGCGCCGCCGUCAACGGCGGCACGUGCCCCAGCUCCCCACCCGGCAUCGAAGCAAACCUCGACGUCCAGUACGCCGGCUCGAUAUCCACAUCUGUGCCGAAUACGUACUACAGCACCGCAGGCCGCGGGCAGUUUCUGGGCUCCGGGAGCAAUACGAAUGAGCCGUAUCUCGAGUUUUUGAACUACUUGCUCGCACUGCCUGCUGCACAGUUGCCUAACACGCUAUCGAUCUCGUAUGGCGACGACGAAGCGACUGUCCCGCUUGCGUACGCGACGAAUGCGUGCAAUCUCUUCUCCCAGCUAGGUGCGAGGGGCGUGUCGAUUCUCGUGUCCUCGGGCGAUUCGGGCGUGGGGUCGACGUGCAGUGUGAACGGCAAGGCGCAGUUUACUACCGCGUUCCCCGCUGCGUGUCCGUGGGUCACCACUGUCGGCGGAACUACUGGUAACUCGCCCGAAGCAGCGUGGACGAGUGGUGGUGGCGGGUUUUCAGAAAUCUUUGGACGCCCGUCUUACCAGGACGCUGCGGUGUCCAAGUGGUUGAGUACGGACACGACGCACACUGCUGUGACGAAGUACUUCAAUGCUUCGGGCCGCGCGUAUCCGGACAUUUCUGCGCAGGCGACGAACUUCGUUAUCAUUGCUGGUGGAAGCGCGCAGUCGGUGUCUGGGACUUCGUGCUCGGCGCCGGCGACGGCGGGUAUCAUUCAGUUGUUGAAUAGUGGGCGUAUUGCGGCUGGGAAGAAGGGGCUUGGGUUCUUGAACCCGUGGCUGUACGGUACAGCUAGCAGUGGGUUUACUGAUAUCAAGACUGGAAAGAUUACCGGAUGUGGUGGGCAGAUCUCUGGAGCUGGGUUCAGUGCGGUGAGUGGAUGGGAUCCAGCGACGGGCUGGGGAACGCCCAACUAUGGUUCUCUGCUCACAUUUGCGACUUCAACUGCUUAG